AAUGCUAUUCAUUAUCCGAACGACUACCGAUGUGAGCAUUUCGUCAGCGUUAGCUUGAUCUCCAACUGCAGUGAUUUUGGCUACUAAAAUUACGAUCAUUCACGGCCUGCUUAAAGGACCAAGUAGUGGCAAUUGUGCAAUUAACAAUUUGUAAGGGCUACUUUAUACCGGCAGAGGAAAAUAGAGGACACAAAAUGAGGCUGUUUGGUUUCAUAAUUUUAUUCGUUAUUAUGGUAACCAUAUCGCCCGACGAAGCAUACCGAAUUCUGGGUGUAUUUCCGCUUCUAGCAAAGAGUCACUAUUUAAUGUGUGAGCAGCUGAUGAAAGGAUUGGCAAAACGGGGCCACGUGGUGGACGUUGUGAGCCCGUUUCCACUAAAGAAACCUUUCCCCAACUACAAUGAGAUCAUAAAUUUGGAAGGGUUCGUUGCUGGUCUACACAACAAUCUGACCUACGAUUUUGCUUUAUCAAACCUGUUGGACAAGCCCAUUGUUCCCUUAAUCGCCACUGCAUACGGUAAUGAUUUGUGUGACCUAAUGGCACUUCCGGAGUUCCAGAAGCUCAUCAAAAAUCAAGAGAAGGAUUCUCCUUACGAUUUAGUCAUCGUAGAGCUAUUCGGUGCUAACUGUUACGCAGCUUUGGGGCAACAUUUCAAAGUUCCUGUUGUGGCAGUCGUUACAAGCGCGAUAUGGCCGUGGGUGAAUGAUGCUGUGGCAAAUCCGGACAAUCCAGCUUACGUUCCUCAUACAUUGUCAGGCUUAGACGUUCAUAUGAAUUUUUGGCAACGAUUCCAGAACGCUCUGACGUUGCUGAAGGCAAAAUUCGAAUUCCAGUAUUACAGUGAUAAACAAAAUGAACAGAUAAAAAAGUACAUUGGGAUCCACGCGCCCAAUCUGGACGAAGCCACGAGGAAUGUAUCGUUGCUUUUAGUCAAUUCGCACUACACCCUUAAUGGGGUGAGGCCGUUUACUAUGGCCGCAGUUGAAGUCGGAGGACUUCACAUUGCAGAAACCCCAGAUCCGUUGCCCAAUGACGUGCAACAGUGGUUGGACGAAAGCAAAGACGGUUUCGUUUAUAUCUCUUUUGGAUCCAUGGUGAAGAUAGAGUCGUAUCCUACGAAAUCGCUGAUCGCACUUUACGCAUCAUUGGCAAAGUUGGCGCCGCGACGCGUUCUAAUGAAAAUAUCAAAACCAAAUGAAUUGCCGCCUGGGCUUCCAAGCAACGUUAUGACUCGUCCGUGGAUUUCGCAAUUAGCUGCGCUCCGGCACAAAAACAUAAAGGUAUUCGUUACUCACGGCGGUCUUAUGGGAACUCAAGAAGCAAUCUAUUCCGGAGUUCCAAUGAUAGGAAUACCUCUUUUCGGAGAUCAAACACAGAACAUCCAGCUUUACGCAGAGAAAAAAAUCGCAGUCAGUCUGGAUCAUAGAAAGCUGACCGAGGAAAACCUGGACGCUGCCUUUAGUACUGUGCUCAAUGACCCGACAUAUUUGAAAACAGCAAAGAGAUUAUCUGCAGAAUUUCGAGACCGCCCAAUGACCGCGAUGGAAACAGCCACUUUCUGGGUUGAGUAUGUGGUCAGACACGGUGGGACAAAUCUCAAAUCUCCCGCAAUGGAAUUAACUUGGUGGCAAAUUGAACUACUCGACGUUUACGGAGCUUUGCUCUUGAUUAUCGGCCUCGCUGUAUAUUUGUUGACUGUCAUAAUUAGUAAACUUUUAACAAUUGUUCUGCGGACUGAUAAAGGAAACGUGCCACGUUCUAAAAAAACGAAAUGAGGUAGAUAGUGACAUAUAGUCAUGAUUGAUUAACGUACAGUGUCAAAGUGUCACGUGUUUACAAACGUGUUGAUGACACUUGUAUUUUCUCCAAUAAUUCUAUAUCGAUUGACCGAAAACCAACCUAUGCAUACGUUAUGGAAUCCAUUUACUGCCAUUUUGAGCCCUUUAACAAUACAGAGUAAAUGGAUCGACUGCGAGCCAUUGUAAUUCAAAAUGGCGAACCGUGAUAUCACCCGACACCUAUAUUGUUACGAUAGCGUUUGAACAGACCUCGUCAGGUUCCAAUGCGUAUCUAACUCGGCAAUAGAUUCAUGUCAGUCUAGAUCAAGUUUUUUUUCUUCCUUGUUUCCAAGUCACGUAGCACUUGCACAAUAUUUCACGAAACAGAUUACACUCUGAAUUGGUGCAUACCUAUGUAUAGCAAUCUGAAUUGCAAUUUGUAUUGGCUCCGUAGCAUAUCUGUUAAGUAAUAUUGUUCACUUGAGAUUAGCUUGCUGUGAGUAUUUGUGCUAUAAUUUUGAUUGUUAUCAGAUUAACAAUAAUCUGGAUCAUUUACGUAAUGGAGAAAAAAAUUCCGCCCGUGUAUAUUUUUGAUAAGAAUUUUUAAUACCAGUUAUUGUACUUAUAAUACAAAAUUUAAAAAUUAUACUCAG